AUGAAGUGUCAUGUGAAGGGUCAGAGGGGUGCUUCAAGUUUUGAACUACCAUACCAUCAACUACUCCACAAUUCAAGUUAUCUAUAUUUGCAACAACUUCCAACAAAGAGCCCGAGCCAAAGAAAAAAUGUUUCAGAUAAUGCAAGUUGGACUAAACUGCCUAACAUUCAUGCUGAAAAAAGUAUAGAGAGGGAAAUAUAUUUAAAACCAAACAAAGGAUUAAAGAUUCAAGAUCCAAAAGGCCACCCUUUGAUUUCUAAAAGGAAUCAAUCUUUGGUUUCUAAAAUCCAAAACUCAAAAUUACAAUAUUUGUCUCAAGGUAGAAGACCUACGCCUAUACAUAUUCAGAAUCAAAAUAGGCAAUCCAUGAAGGAGAUGGUAAUUGGAAAUGGACCGUUGGAAAGACAACAAAUUGCAGAAAACAAAUAUGUUGAAAAUGACACUUCAAGGUCAAAUGAACAAUCUAGGAGAAUGUUUGUUGAAAAUGACACUUCAAGGUCAAAGGAACAAUCUAGGAGAAUGGUUGUUGAAGAUGAUUCAAAGGAAAAACAUGAAAGUAACAAUAAGAAUCAACCACAAAAAAAGAAAAUAUUUGGAAAUGACAUUUCAAGGGAAAAUGAUCAACAUAAGAAAAUGGUAGUGGCUGAAGAGGAAUCAAGGGAAAGGCAACAAAGUGCUCGCAAUAAGACAAAAAGAAGUCCUUUGUGCCAAUCAAUGUUAAUCGGUGAGUUUCUUAAACAAAAUGGAAGAGAUGUUGAAAAAGAGAUGGAAAACUUAAUUGAAUAUGAGGAGAACAUUCUUUUGGAAGAAUAA